CUCUCUCUCUCUCUCUGAAUUCAACUCAAUACUCCGAGGACGCGCUUCGAAUAUGGUGAGCGCUGAUUUCGCUAGAAACGUCGUCGGGAUCAUUGGGAAUGUGAUCUCCUUCGGGCUCUUCCUCUCGCCAGUGCCUACAUUUUACAGAAUCAUUAAGAAAAAGGCAGUGGAGGAUUUCUCGCCGGUUCCCUAUAUCGCAACAGUACUGAACUGCUUGUUCUGGAUUUUCUAUGGCAUGCCAUUUGUUCACCCUGACAGCCUUCUGGUUGUGACUAUCAAUAGCGUUGGAUUAGCGUUGGAGCUCAUCUAUUUAGCGAUAUUCUAUGCCUAUGCGGCGGGCCAGAAGAAUGGACGGAAAAAGGUACUGAUAGGGCUUGCCGGUGAGGUUGUUUUCGUGGUCCUCAUUGUUGUUAUUACUAUGCUGGCAUUACACACUCACAAGAACAGAUCCAUGAUGGUGGGCAUCAUCUGUGAUAUCUUCAACAUUAUCAUGUACGUUUCUCCGCUUACAAUCAUGAAACAAGUCAUCACAACCAAGAGUGUGAAAUACAUGCCAUUUUCUCUCUCAUUGGCCAACUUCCUUAACGGUUGCGUCUGGACAGCUUAUGCCCUGAUCAAGUUUGAUAUCUACAUCCUGGUCAGCAAUGGUAUUGGCGCAGUCUCUGGUGCCGCUCAACUCAUACUAUAUGCAGUUUAUUACAGGACAACUCCAAAAGACGACGACGACGACGGCGACGACGAUGUGCGUCAGAAGCCAUCUAACGUCCAGCUUUCAAACGUCGCAUGAUCGAUUCAGCUAGUUCUGAUGUGGCCGCGCGAGACUAGUAUUUCUCUUAGUUAUUUGUAACCCCGGCCCUCUUAGGUUUCGAUCGGUUGAAGCAUGCAUUUCUAUUUUUGCUAGCUGUGGCCGGAGAUUUAAUCAUCAGUUUGUCUUUCAUUUUUUUUGCCAAAUUUCUAGGCUUUCAAGUUUCAAGUAUUUUAAUUCUAGGUAGGUAGGUCUUGUAAAUAGAUCAAUAUAAUUGGUCCCUACAACUUGGGUUGUGAUUGGCCAUUAUCAAUUUUAAAGAGCAGCGCGUGCAUGCAAUUACUUCAGCUGUUAA